CUGAGCUAACAAGAAAGACUAGAAAGAGCACAGAGAACACAGACGCAGCUAGGAUCUAAAAAUCUGACCAGCCGAGUGAUCAAUUGUACGCUUUGUACUUCGUCUUCUGAACAAGGAUUUUGACUAUAUGGAGCUGUAGUAUCAAGAGAGCUUUCAGCAAAUAAACUGAGAAGAAAGUAUCUAUUUUUCACAGAAAAAAAUUGCAUUGCAUUCACACAGCUGCUCCAACUGUGCAUUACUGAGCAUUUCAGGGGGUUUUACUGCUGUACAGAAUCUGCUGAGCAAGAUGAAGCUCUGGAUUUUUGUGGUAUGUUCAGUUCUGGUUGCAUCUGAUCCUUUCCAGUCAGAAACAUCUUUUACUAGAAUCAGAGGAUCUUGUCAGAGUUUGUGUUCCUGUGAAGAAAAGGAUGACAUUAUGAUUAUAAACUGUGAAGAAAGAGGCAUCAAGAUGGUGUCAGAAAUAAAUGUCCCACCAUCACGGCCUUUCCAUCUUAAUUUGUUAAACAAUGGCCUGACAAUGCUACAUGUGAAUGAUUUUGCUGGCCUUGUUAAUGCUAUCUCUCUACAUCUUGGAUUUAAUAAUAUUGCAGAUAUUGAGCCUGGGGCUUUUAAUGGUCUCAACCUUCUUAAGCAACUUCAUAUAAAUCACAAUUCUUUAGAAACACUUAAAGAAGAUACGUUUGAUGGAUUGGAAAAUUUGGAAUUUCUUCAGGCGGACAACAAUUUCAUCACAGUGAUUGAAGCAAGUGCCUUUAGCAAGCUCAGUAGGCUUAAAGUGCUUAUUUUGAAUGAUAAUGCUAUUGAGUACCUUCCUCCAAACAUAUUUCGUUUUGUGCCAUUGACUCAUUUAGAUCUUCGGGGAAACCAGUUACAGACACUACCAUAUGUUGGCUUUUUAGAACACAUCGGUAGAAUACUAGACCUUCAGUUGGAAGAUAACAAAUGGGCUUGUAACUGUGAUUUGCUUCAGCUGAAGACAUGGCUGGAAAACAUGCCUCCUCAGUCAAUAAUAGGAGAUGUUGUAUGCAAUAGUCCUCCAGUUAUCAAAGGCAGCAUAUUAAACAGGUUGAAAAAAGAAUCGCUUUGUCCCAUUCCUACUGUCAAUGAACUUGAAGAUCCUUCAGGGUCACUGCCCUUGGUUGUAACCACCUCUGUAAGUGAUAGUCACCUGUCAACUAAGGUCAUUCCUAUACUGAAAGCUCCUACUAAAGAAACAAAUUUAAUGCUUCAUACUUCAAAACCAACUACACAAUUUCCAGGAAUCUAUUGUCCCAUUCCCUGUCACUGCACCAGCCAUAUGCUCUCAGGAGUUCUUAUGCACUGUCAGGAGCGAAAUAUUGAAAGCCUGUCUGAUUUAGGACCUCCUCCUACAAAUCCUAAAAAACUUAUUCUAGCAGGAAACAUUAUUCAGACAUUACUUAAGUCAGAUCUUAUGGACUAUGCUAGUCUGGAAAUGCUUCAUCUGGGGAACAAUCGUAUUGAAAUCCUUGAGGAAGGAGUUUUCAUGAAUCUGACUAGACUGCAGAAACUGUAUCUCAAUGGCAAUCAUCUUACAAAGCUGAGUCAGAAUCUUUUCCUUGGCCUUCAGCACCUUGAAUACUUGUACCUUGAAUAUAAUGCCAUCAAAGAAGUUUUACCAGGGACAUUUAAUACAAUGCCAAAACUUAAGGUCCUCUACUUAAAUAAUAACCUUUUGCAGACUUUACCACCCCAUAUCUUUUCUGGGGUGCCACUUGCCAGAUUAAAUCUGAAAACAAACCAGUUUGCUCAUUUGCCUGUGAGCAAUGUCUUGGAUGAACUGGAUAUGUUGGUACAAAUUGAACUUGAAGACAACCCCUGGGACUGUACAUGUGAUUCAGUUGGACUGCAAAAAUGGAUACAAAAGCUGAGUAAGAGUACAAUGAUGGGUGACAUUUUCUGUAAAUCUCCAGGACACUUAGAAAAAAAAAAACUGAAAUCCCUCAACAGUGAAGUCUUGUGUCCAGAUUUAAUAAACAGCCCUGCCCUACCAACUCAUGCCAGUUUUGUUGUUAUAGCAACUUCUAGUUCUACUACUAGCAACACUGCAGACACCAUCCUGCAGUCGCUUACAGAUGCUGUCCCACUUUCUGUUCUAAUACUGGGACUGCUAAUUGUAUUUAUAAUUAUUGUAUUUUGUGCAGCAGGAAUAGUUGUUCUUGUUCUGCAUCGGCGGCGAAGAUGUAAAAAGAAACAAGCCAAUGAACAAAUGAGGGAUAGUAGCCCAGUUCACCUUCAGUAUAGUAUGUAUGGGCAUAAAACAACACAUCACACAACAGAGCGUCCAGCUGCAGCUCUCUAUGAGCAACGUAUGAUUACUCCCAUGGUUCAGGUCUAUCACGGCCCAUCCUUCAGCCCAAAGCAUACUGAACAACAAGAAGAGGAAAAUGAGAAAGCAACUAAUGAUUCCAAACAUCUCUGCAGAAGUCUCCUGGAAAGAGAGAAUAGUUCACCACUUACUGGUUCAAAUGUCAAAUAUACGGCUGCAGAUCAAUCCGCAGAAUUUCUGUCUUUUCAAGAUGCCAGCUGCUUGUACAGAAACAUUCUUGAAAAAGAGAGGGAACUGCAGCAACUUGGAAUCACAGAGUACUUAAGAAAAAAUAUUGUUCAACUCCAGCCUGAAAUGGAAGUACAUUAUCCUGGAACACAUGAGGAACUAAAACUAAUGGAGUCACUGAUGUACUCCAGACCAAGAAAGGUUUAUUUAGAACAAACUAAAAAUGAGUAUUUUGAACUCAAGGCUAAUUUACAUGCUGAGCCUGACUACCUGGAAGUCCUUGAGCAGCAAACAUGAUGUGAUAACACAUUGGGCUUGGGCCAAAUUUCUGUAUUCCAUUUUAAGUUGGAACUGUUGAAAAUAAAAGUGCCUUGUAAUGACAUGUUAACAGUUAGAACUUAAGCACAGCAGUAAUCCUAGCAAAAACAAACAAACAAACAAACAAACAAACAAAAAAAACCUAAAAAACU